UGUGGUGACCUUGAUGUUCCAGGGUAGAACUGAGCUCCGGAUGAUCCACUCAGUUAUGAGCGCACCUUAAAGGAGUGGACCUGCACAGUGGUAUUAUUGUGGAUGUGGACAUCUGAACCCGCUCCAUCAUGUUUGCCAGUCACCUUGACAACGUGAAGUCCAGGAGCCCAGCCUUGCCGUUCUGAGUCCUCCCCCUGACAGCAAUUGGCCACUCUGGAUUGGUCCCCAGAGCCGAGCUCUCCUCUCCCUCCUAGCUGGUUGGGCCUUCUCUGUGCUCCUCCCAGUGAAGAAGGUCACUCCCCAGAGAGCCCCAACAACAGAGGCAAGAGAGGAUCUCACUGGUCUGAAGAGGCAGGGUCAGAGAAGAGGAAGGGUACCAGACAGCAAAGAAAUGCCACCAAAGGCCAGAGGGAAGGGGACACAGAAGAAGAAGCCACCGCCGCCGAGUGCUGAUGUGGAAGCAGAGUCCAAGCACAGGCUGGCCGUGCUGGAGAAGGAGCUGCUCCGAGACCAGUUGGCUCUGCAGAGGGACCAGGCCCGCCGAGCCAAGGCCUCAGAAGACCAGCUGAAGCAGCGGCUGCACGGGUUGGAGGCAGAACUCGAGGGGGCCCGCAGUGAGGGGCAGGCCGUGUACACAGAGAUGAGCCGACGGCAGCGGGCCCUGCAGACGGAGAUGGACACACGCUGCAGACAGCUGAGGGAAGAAGUGAGGGGCCUUCGGGAGCAGCUAGAGACAUGCCAGAGGGAAGCUGCGGCUGCCCGAGCAGCCGCCGAGCAGGCCCUCACAGAGCGGGAUGGGGCUCUGGCCCAGCUUCGGGCUCACGUAGCAGACAUGGAAGCCAAGUAUGAGGAGCUCUUACAUGACAGCUUGGACCGGCUCUUGGCCAAGCUACGAGCUGUGAAGCCUCAGUGGGAGGAGACUGCAGGGCGACUCCACGCCAGGCACAAGGAGCAGCUGCACCAGUUUGGGCUCAACCCCCUGGACCUGUGAGCCUGCACGUCUGUGGUCUGGGCUCCCUGAGGCCCAGCAGUACAGCUGUCUUGAUAUGGACCUCAAUGGGGCUGUGGCCGGGGUCAGAAGGGGGCUUAUUAUGGGGACAUUUCCUUUCUAACUCGACCCAUUACCCCAGAGACUGAAUGAUGGGAGAGAAGUUUGACAAGAUUCCUGUGCUUCUUCCACAAAAAAACAGGGCCCCGCCCCUUGAGCCUGGUCCCUUCAAACUGCCACCUCCCUGUCCCCAUGAAUACAAACACAGCCAGCCGGAUGUAUGGGGAAA